AACCUGCACCAACAAUUACGCAGAGACUCCCUCGUAGUUGUUAGCUGUUUGUUCUGCUCGGAGGAAGACAUCAAGGAGCCGCAGAAAAAAAAAUGGAAAAUGAGAGCAAGAGGAAGAUGAAGGAGAGAUUUGGCCUGAGGCGGGACAUCUUUAAGGAGUUCCUGGCGGAAUUUCUGGGGAUAUUUGUCCUGAUACUCUUUGGAUGUGGUUCAGUGGCCCAGACGGUGCUGAGUAAAGGGGCUCUCGGGGAACCCUUGACCAUCCACGUUGGUUUCACUCUGGGAGUCAUGAUGGCUGUUUACAUGGCAGGGGGAGUGUCAGGAGCCCACGUGAACCCUGCAGUCUCGCUGGCCAUGGUUAUCCUGGGGAAACUGCCUCUGAGGAAGUUUCCUGUGUAUGUGGUGGCACAAUUCCUGGGGGCUUUUGCUGGAUCCUGUGCUGUCUACGGGUUGUAUUAUGGUGGGUUUAAAUGCAUAAAUGUCACCAUGAGGACAGCCCCAUCAAGCCUGAAACACUGUCUUAAAUGCUUUGAUGGAAUACACCAAAGGAGAUUUUGCUGUUACUGGUGCAAAUGCCACAGCCAACAUAUUUGCAUCUUACCCUGCAAAACAUCUCUCAGUCUUAAAUGGGUAAUUGCAACUGGUGCGCUGAUCCUCUGCAUCCUGGCCAUCACUGACAGGAAGAAUAUUGGUGCUCCAAAAGGCAUGGAGCCUCUGUGCAUCGGCCUGAUCAUCAUGGCCAUCGGAGUGUCCAUGGGUCUGAACUGUGGCUAUCCAAUCAACCCGGCACGGGACCUCGGACCGCGGUUCUUCACGGCUGUGGCUGGGUGGGGCAUGGACGUAUUCAGAGCUGGAGGUUGCUGGUGGUGGAUCCCUGUGGCAGGGCCGAUGGUAGGCGGAGCAGUCGGAGCAGGCAUUUAUUUUCUCUUUAUUGAGUUGCACCACCCUGAGCCUGAGAAACAGGAGGAAAACAACAUCCAGGACAAAUAUGAAAUCAUAACUAUGAGUUAAAAUUCAGAAUAAGGGUUUCAGAGGAAAGCCACAAAGCAGCUAAUUUUGACCCUCAGAAGACAAAAAUGUUCAUUUGGAAGAAGCUGUUUCAUACAUUUCUACAAUACAAAUUCUAAUAACAUUUACAGUUAAAGAUUUAUUAUGAAGAUUUACACCUGAGUGCACAAUUUCAUAGUUUCAUAGUCAUAAAAUAUGCAUGAAUGUUUUAUGAAGCCUUUAAAGUUUCUUUUUGUAGAACGUCUGGUCUGUUUAUAGGUUCCAUGUUGUACCUCCCUCAUUCAUUUAUUGAAACAUUACACUUUCUUGACACACAUAUUCUAUCUAGAGCUUUUUAUUCUCUUAUAAUUUCCUUUAAUUCAAUGAUAUCACAACAUUGUGUGAAGCGUUUCCUCAUCAUAGCCAAGGAUGUCAGUGCAAAUCAUUAUAGCUAUGCAGUAUUCCUUAUUGUCUUGUAUUUCCCUAACUGGGAUCAUCUCUUCUUGUUAGAAAUAUUUGCCAAGUUUCUGUACAGGUUUUUUUUUUCUACUGUCUACCUAACAAACAGGGGCAUUAAAUAUGUGUAGCACUUAGGAAACAGUUGAUCAAAAUUGAAAAUUUAGUAAUUUUUAUUAUUUUUAGCAUAUUUGUUUCAGUAAUGGUGUACUUUGUGGAGUGAUUUCCUUAUUCUGUUUCACAUCUUCCUUUGCAUGUGUAAAAAAAUGUCUGAUUUAAUGGUUUGCUGUAUCUUUAUGUAGAACAUCCAGCCUUAAAUGAUUACACUGGUUUUGCUGAGCUUAUUUUUUCAGUCAUCUCAUAGUAUGUGACACACAAACUUUCUGUUACAUGGAUGGAUUACAUAUUUUAUUACAGACACCCUUGAUAAUGAAAAGCCAUAACUUAACAUAAGACACGUUAAGUAUCUACUUUCUGCAAAAACAACAAAAAAAAGAAAAAAACGUUUUAAAAAAUUAUAAAUGUCACUGAAUUCCUUGGUGUACUGCGUUUGAAUCAGUACACUCACUGUAUUGGGGGCAAAGUCUGACUGUAAUUGUUUACUUUAAAAAGUCUUCACAGCUGAGCUAAAAAUGCAUAACAAAACACACAUUUGUUGCAAAGUUUAGAUUUUUCAGUUCAACACUGGAAACUGGACAACAAAGAUUUUCAAAGGAACAAUACUGCUUAGAAAUGGAAAAAUGGAGGUGUAAAAGUGGACUGACCUUUAUUAAUCAUGCUUUUGUGAGGAAUAAUCCUGGUAUUCUGUGAGUACAGAAAAGUGAAUCUAAUUUCGGUAGGUGAUGUUUUGGAAUAAUAUAACUUGAGACUCAGUCUGACGAAAUGAUUAACAUGCUUUAGGCACUUCUGUCCAACAACAGGACAGGCAGACUUAUGCUGAUGCAAUGUGGAUAUCUGAAGUCAGUUGAACUGCUGUUUGUACAUACAGGUAUUGUGAUAUUGUGUUGUACAGCACUGAAUGUCAUUUCAGAGCAAAGGAUGCUUGUAGACACUUGUAUGGCAACAUGACAAUCACUUACACUAGGAGGGUUUUUUCAUUUGUUUGUCUUACUUUUGUGAAACAGAAAAAAAUGUGAAGAAAGUCAGUGGCACAAACACUGAGGAGUGAUUUAGCUGUGAGGUCCUGGAUUCAUAUGUGGUGUGGUGGGUAUGUUGGUACUCUCACUGUUGUACACCUUGAAGUCAGUCCUGCCA